AUGUCGGAGAGCUAUAGGCUGUCUUGUGGCGUUAGACAAGGUGGGUUAACCUCUCCUGAUCUAUUUAAUGUUUACAUGAAUGACUUGAUUGAGGAGCUGAGUGGGACGGCAGUUGGGCUUAGGCUUGGUGAUAGGUAUGUCAACAACUUGAGUUACGCUGAUGAUAUGGUUCUGCUCAGCCCCUCAAUCAAGGGUAUAAGAAGACUAUUGGCGAUUUGUGAGAAAUAUGCGCGAGAACAUAAUCUAGUAUAUAACGCGAAGAAGACUGAAAUGCUUAUAUUCAGAUCAGGAAGAGGUCCACGUAAUGUCCCACCAGUUUGGCUAGGAGGUCAGAUUGUUAGAAUAGUAGAAAGUUUCAGGUACCUUGGUCACAUGCUGACGUCAGAUAUGAAGGACGACGCUGACAUAGACAGACAACGCAGGGCAUUGUCAGUCGUUGGCAAUAUGAUAGCUAGGAGAUUCUUUAAAGCCAAUGCCCAGACGAAAGUUCACCUAUUUAGAACGUACUGUCAAAGUUUCUACACGUGCCAACUUUGGACUCGUUACACGAGGAGGUCUCUGGAUGGUAUUCGUGUCCAGUACAAUAACAUCUUCAGACAGCUAAUGGGUCUAGCCCCGCACUGUAGUGCGUCGGGUAUGUUCACAGAAGCGAGGCUGGACACGUUUAAUGCUAUACAGAGAAAGCGAAUCGCUGGAUUCUUGUCUAGAGUUGGCACUUGCACAAACAGUAUCAUCAAGGAGUUAUACAACCGAUUGUAUGCCACGUCUGUAUAUAAAAAAUGGAUGCAAAUUGCAGCGUAA